UUACUGGUCCCUCUCAGGGGAUGGUGACCAACUGCUGGAAACUAACUCCUUUUCAAAAUCUAGUACAAGAUGCCUGUGAUGAAGGGCCUUCUCGCUCCACAAAAUACCUUCUUGGACAGCAUUGCAAACCACUUUGAUGGUACCCACAGUAACUUUCUACUGGGAAAUGCACAGGGUCGCUAUGGCUACCCUAUCGUCUACUGCUCUGAUGGAUUUUGUGAGCUGACCGGCUUUGUUCGAAAUGAGGUGAUGCAGAGAACAUGCACCUGCAACUUUCUGCAUGGGGCUGAGACAAGUGACAACGUAAUACAGCAGGUGCACAAAGCUCUAGAAGGUCAACAGGAGUACCAGGGAGAGGUCUGCUUUUAUAAGAAAAAUGGAAAUCAGUUUUGGUGCCUCCUGGAUAUUGUCCCAAUUAAAAAUGAGGAAGGUGAGGUGGUGAUGUUCCUGCUUUCCUUUAAAGAUGUCAGUGAAUCAUAUGAGAAAAAACAUCAAUACUCUCCAGGAGAUGGUUUGUCAGAGGUUCCAAACAAAAGCAGAAAAAGCAACCAAUCACAUUUUUCUAGAUUACUAGAAAGGGGGAGAACUAUUCUGCACCACCUGAACAACUUGUUUACCAGGAGGGGCAAAAAGAACCUGACCAAUAGUGUGUUCCAGAAACCUUCCGUACCUGAGUACAAAGUGGCAGCUGUGACGAAGUCACGUUUUAUCCUGCUGCACUACAGCAUCUCCAAGGCCAUGUGGGACUGGCUUAUUCUACUGGCAACCUUCUACGUAGCUGUCACCGUGCCUUUCAAUGUCUGCUUUGUCAGCCAUAAUGAGAGCAAUGAUCAUCACUCACUUGUCAGUCGUAGUACUAUAGGUAGUGACAUAGCCGUGGAAAUGCUCUUCAUGCUGGAUAUAAUCCUCAAUUUCCGCACCACAUAUGUGAGUCAGUCGGGUCAAGUAGUGUAUGACGUCAGAUCUAUUUGUCUGCAUUACUGCACCACCUGGUUCUUUGUGGAUCUAAUUGCAGCGUUGCCCUUUGACCUCCUCUAUGCAUUCAACAUCACAGUGACAUCGCUGGUGCACCUGCUGAAGACGGUCCGUCUGCUGCGUUUGCUGCGCCUGUUGCAGAAGUUGGAUCGUUACUCCCAGUACAGCGCUGUGGUCCUCACUCUGCUCAUGUCAGUCUUUGCUCUGCUGGCUCACUGGAUGGCUUGUGUCUGGUAUGUCAUUGGACGUAAGGAGAUGGAAAGCAGUGACCCCAUCAUCUGGGAAAUAGGCUGGCUUCAGGAGCUGGGAAAGCGUCUUGAGACACCAUACAUCAACAACACCAAUGGUGGUCCCUCCAUGCCCAGUGCCUAUAUUGCUUCUCUCUAUUUCACCCUAAGCAGCCUCACUAGUGUUGGCUUUGGCAAUGUGUGUGCCAAUACAGAUGCAGAGAAAAUCUUCUCUAUUUGCAUCAUGCUCAUUGGUGCCCUGAUGCAUGCAGUGGUCUUUGGCAAUGUUACAGCCAUCAUCCAGCGUAUGUACUCACGCCGUUCACUCUAUCACACCCGCAUGAAGGAUCUCAAGGACUUCAUCCGUGUGCAUCGGCUACCGCAGCAGCUAAAGCAGAGGAUGUUGGAGAACUUUCAAGCUACUUGGUCCGUCAACAAUGGCAUCAAUGCCAAAGAGCUAUUGCAUGACUUCCCAGAUGAACUGCGAGCAGACAUCGCCAUGCACCUGAACAAAGACAUCCUACAGCUGCCUGUAUUUGAGAGAGCCAGCAGAGGGUGUCUUCGUUCCCUCUCCCUGCAUAUCAAGACUUCCUUAUGUGCACCAGGUGAAUACCUCAUUCGGCAUGGUGAUGCCCUGCAGGCUAAUUAUUUUGUCUGUUCUGGUUCCCUGGAGGUUCUGAAAGAUGGUGUGGUUCUAGCCAUCCUGGGCAAAGGUGACCUUAUAGGGGCUGACCUUCCAGAGCAAGACCAAGUGAUCAAGACGAAUGCAGAUGUGAAGGCACUGACCUACUGUGACUUGCAAUACAUCUGUGUUAAGGCUUUGAGGGAAGUCCUUGGGCUUUACCCAGAGUACAGCAGUCGGUUCAGCUCUGACAUUCACCACAACCUCACCUACAACUUGAGAGAGGGCAGUGAAGCUGAUGGAGUAAGACGAUUUCUUUGGACUCCAAGACAUUCUAAGGGUCAUGUUGCUAUGGACCACAAACUACCCUUCAUCAUUGAGGCAAAUGACGCUGAACAAGCAGACAACAUGAAAGACCCCCAGCAGAUGAGAGUGCCCCUGAUACAAGGUUUAGGGAGCCCUGUCCAUCAAUCCUGCCUCCAUACCUCAGGGGAGGAGGUCCAGGACAUCACAGCACUCCACCUCUGUCGAUCACCUGUUCAGGGAGGUAGAGGUCGCAGCCCCUCUCCUCAGCCUUUCAUCAGUGAAGAGCUCUCUCUCUCUCCUUUGCUCAGUCUCACUAAUGACUCAGGCUUAAAUCAACGGCCUGUCAAAUUACUCCUUCCAUCCUUGCCUUGUGUCAGUCCUCUAAACCUGAGCCCUAGGGUUGUGGAUGGAAUUGAGGAUGAUGGUCACACAUUUCAUUUCAAUUUAGAGCAAAGCGAGGCAAAGACUCAUGUGCCAGACCAAUCAAAGGUGAAUGCUAACCUACUUUUGGAGACGGAAGAAGUGAGCCAGAACAUCAGCAAACUGAACAAAGAGGUUACUAGUUUGAAUGAAGAAGUGUCCAGUUUGGCAAAGGAGCUUCAUGGCAUAAUGCAGUCCCUGCAGUCUCAUAUGACCAUCCUUCAUGCCGCUUCUAGUGUGACAAAUUCUAGCAUUUGGCAGCCUAAUAUCCCUUUAAAUGCAUCCACUGAACUGCAUCUUAAUCCUGAACUAAUUAGCCAUCCUUCUAGAAAUGCAUGCGGCUGUAGUGGAAUGCCUUCCCAUGGCAGAGGUCCCACCUUGCUGCCCUCAUCAAGCCCUGUGUCAACCUGUUUGCACAUACGCUGCUCUGACAGGGAAGGAACUGUAGCUCAAAGGCUCCAGAGCUCAUAUAGCCCCUUUCAAACAACUAAAGCUACUCCAAGCUCCCCUUACAUGACCUAUUCUCGUGCCCAAGGAGGCUCUUCCUUCCUGGGCAUCAACCCAGCCUUCAGUAGCUUCCCAAUUGUUAGUCAGGUCCCACAAAUGGUCUACAAUCCACCUGUUGCCACAAAACUCAGUGCUCAACCUCUAUGCUCUACUGUAAAUUGUAGUCACUCCCAUCCAUCAUUCAGUGUUCAGACCAGUUUUGAUGUCACACAAAAUCUGGCCAUGUCCCAGACUCCCAUUCAUUCCACCAUUGCUCCUACUGGCCAGCCACAGUGUCCCACAGCCAUCUGUUCUCCGACACCUGCAGCAAUCUUCAAUUCAAUGUGCAUAGGGCUAAAUCAAGGCCAACAAAGUUCUACCAACGGUUCCAGACAAAAUGCACUUGCAGGAUCCAGCCCUCUCCACUACUCUUAAAACCAUGCAUCAAACAGAGACCACAGAAAUUCUCUUAAAAGAGCGGACAGAUAAUAUUGAAUUUCGUGGUUUAGUAAUCUGAACAUGGAGGAAUUAUCACUCUGAUUGCAGAAUCAGGUUGUUUUACUGUAUAAUUGUGACAAGUUUGCUAUAGUGUUUAAGACUGGUGCUGUAAAGUUUCUGAAUGAUAAAUUGCUAUUUACCUAAUUGCAUAGGCACCAUUUUCAGUGCUCUUUUCGCAAAUGCCUUCAGUCUGUUACAGACAAGUAGCUGUGAGAUAAAGGUAUGCAGCGCCACUUGGUGGUGACAGGAACAAAAUGCAAGGCUUACAGUUUGAGCAACAAUUGAUGUUUUUUUUUUUUUAUCAGUGCUUUUUU